AUGGAAACGAAGGAAGCGAAAAAGAAGGUUAUUAAACUCAAAAAAGUAAAAAAAUCUGGAAAAGAUGGGGAGAAGUUGAAAAGAAAGAAAUUGUUUGAAUGCAAAGUUGUCAAGUGCUGGUUCGUUACAAAUACCUCAAAUGCUUACACGACUGACCAACUUCAGGUAAAGCACAAAUCAGAUGGAGACUUGAUUUUGACUUUAAAAGAUUCUUCUGACGAUUCGGUCAAGUAUGCUCUUCCAACACGUAAUGAUGGAUUUAUGGUAGAACGAGGUGAAAGUCAACCCAAUAUUUGUGUUUGGAUUGGAACUGAGAAACAUUACCAGAAAAUUGGUUAUUUAUUAAUUUUUGAGACGGGAGAGAAGGCAUCUGAAUUUUACAAAUUUACUCAACAACGCAAUACAAUUACAAAGCCGAUUGAAGAAAAAAAUGAUGUGGGUGUGAUUAUUGAUGUUUAAAUUUUUGGAAAAUACUCGAGAAUUUUUUUCAAUGAAAAUUUUGU